GAUGCCGUUAAGUAUUUUUUAAAGUUGAAAAACAAUAAAUGAAAAAAGAACUUAUCGAGUGGGGGCAAUGCUAAGUACGAUAGUUGAAGCUGCAAUUCGCGAAAGUCUUAUUGUUACGCAACUUAAUCAUUUGGCAAAGUAAAUGAAAUAUUCUGAUCAAUUUGUGGGUGUCACAAAAGUCGGGGGGAGGAGAAGGAGGAACAACGAUUGUGGCGGCAGCUGCGGCCUGGCCCCAUUUCCAAUCACUCAGCCUCAAAUUCAUCUAAAUGCGGAAACUUUUUGUAAAAAGAAAAGCUGAUAAUUUGUAUAAAAACAGAUGCAUCAUCUGUACCCAUCGCUGAAAGGCGAUCAGCUUUGCCCCCUUGGCUUCCAUCCUCAGACACGCUAUCCUACAAGAUGUAAGCGUUGUUUUCGGGACUAUAAGGAGCAUGGGGCUCGACGUGGUGUGGACGAUGUGGCGGCGUCGUCGCCAAAUCUAUCGGAUGCGCAAGGUGCUAGGCCCUCUUCACGCACCUGGACAUCUACACAGAACCUUUCCACAGUAAACACACCGAAUAGUAAUGAUAUCGAGCUGAAGAAGCGUCCACAAUCAUGGGCCUCCACGCCGGACAUUGAUGAGGACGAUGGGGCCAAACGGGCGUCGAGCUCGCGUACAGCUGAAGACCACAAUGUGGCUGUCACUGUCAAGCUGCCGGUUCCACCACGACGACACACCACCGCCCUGGACAUCAAAGAAGUGGAACAAACUCUCCCACAAAAUCGCGUCACUUCCUCCCCAAGUAAAACUUCAAGUAUUCCAGAUGAACUAGUCAUCCUAUCGACAGACAGUCUUGCCGAGCGUGUGCGCAAAAUGAAUCUCAUAAAGAAGCAGCGGAUGAGCUCAAGAGAAUCUAGCCGGGAAAGCUCUAUGCCUCGCAAGGAAGAUGAGAAUGAAGCAACACCGCCAGACCGACCGGAACGCAGCAAGUCCGGCACAUCUCUCAAUCAAUCGACAGAGCUGAAGCGAGCUUCGUUACCACCCAAGAAGCUGACAUCGACGGCUACAACCACCGCAGCGUCGUCAUCCGCGACAAGUAACAGCACCACCACGUCGGCCACUUUGAAAGUCAAUUCCAGCGAACCGCGAACAACGUCUUCAUCCGAGACGAAAACAACAAGCUCCACAAAGCGAAAGGAGGGCGAAACGUUUAAAAUCAAAAGACAAAGUGCAGCGGAGAGCCCAACAGAGGGCGCCAGUGCUCUUAAGGAGCAAAUUACAGCAUUGCGUGCUGAGCUGGAGGCCAUGAAAAUGAGAGCAGAGCGAGCGGAGCGUGACAAGAGCGACAUUCUUCUGAGACGUCUGGCCUCAAUGGACACCGCCUCGAAUCGCACAGCUGCCUCGGAAGCGCUGAACCUACAACAGAAGCUCAACGAGAUGAAGGAGCAAUUGGAUCGGGUGAGCGAGGACAAGCGCCGUCUUAACUUGCGUAUGAAGGAGCUAGAGAACAAGGGCAGCGAGUCGGAGCUGAGACGCAAAUUGCAGGCAGCUGAACAAAUUUGCGAGGAACUGAUGGAGGAGAAUCAGGCGGCCAAAAAAGAAAUCAUUAAUUUGCAGGCCGAGAUGGAUGAGGUACAGGAUACGUUCCGCGACGAUGAGGUGAAGGCCAAGACCAAUUUGCAAAAAGAUCUCGAAAAGGCAACCAAAAAUUGUCGCAUAUUGAGUUUUAAGCUUAAAAAAAGCGAACGCAAGAUUGAAACCCUGGAGCAGGAAAGGCAAAGCUCAUUUAAUGCCGAGCUAUCUGCCAAGGUUAAGAAGUUGGAAGAAGAGUUGCGGUUCUCCAGCGAGUUGACGCGUAAAUUACAGGCCGAGGCCGAAGAGCUUCGUAAUCCGGGCAAAAAAAAGACGCCUAUGUUGGGUGUGCUAGGAAAGUCGACUUCAGCCGAUGCCAAAUUUACCCGCGAAUCUUUAACCCGUGGCGGUUCUCAGGAGGAUCCUCAGCAUUUGCAACGCGAGCUACAGGACUCGAUCGAGCGAGAAACUGAUCUGAAAGAUCAAUUGAAAUUCGCAGAAGAAGAGCUUCGCCAGUUAAAGGCCAAAUGGCCGAGAAAGCAAGUGCAGUAUAAUCGUGGCACCCAAACAUUAGAUAACAAUACGGAGAAAAUAGCUUUUCCGCGAAGUACCCAGACUACGGGUGUGCCUUUGAGUGAUGCCGCUACCAACACGCAGAGUAUAUUACUAGAAAGUACGAGUAUAGCUGUGCAAACAAACCUGGAGGUGACCAAUACUGCCACACAAACUGACCCCGAGAUCAGUACCAGAAAGCCUUCUACAGAGCGCGAAACUUCGCCAUUUGUGGGACUCUUUGCGCCCUCAACAUCGGCUAGGGUUAAGCCCAAUACAUUACUUUUUCCAAGUGCUAUAUCGCACGUGCUUUUGUCUGGUGCCGGUACAGCUCGCAAGUUGAGUCCAACGCCACACCGAUUGGCGCCCGAAGUGCAUGCCGAUCGGGAUGAGGGCAUAUCGGACGAGGAUGAUCCUGCCGAGCUGCGCAUUCUGCUGGAGUUAAAUGAGCAGGAAGCCGCCAUAUUGCGACUAAAGGUGGAGGAUCUGGAGAAGGAGAAUGCCGAGUCCAAGAAAUAUGUGCGUGAGCUGCAAGCUAAGCUGCGACAGGAUAGCAGUGGCAGCAAGUCCUCGCUGCUAAGUUUCGGCUCCUCGAAUGCUUCAGAUAAGAAACUAAAAGCGUUGAACGAUGAGCUGACGCAGCUGCGCAAAUCCCUGCAGGAAAAGGAGCAAGCGAUAGAUCGCUUGCAGGCGGAGCUAAAACAAUCCUCUGGCAAAUCAGAGUUGAACAGCAAAUUGUCGACAUUGGAGAGCGAGAAUGAGAAGCUGACGAAAGAGAACAAACGGCUGCAGUUGCAAACGUUGCGAAAGACUGGUGAAGGAGAGCUCGUCAAGGUUAAGGAGACGCUGACACAGGCCCAAAAGGAACGGGAUGAGCUAACCGCUAGACUAAAACGCAUGACGGUGGAGGCCGAGAGCAAGUUGCCAGCUCGCACGCCAAAGCGCGUCAGUGAUUUGACGCCAAAGAAUCAUCUCAAGAAAUGGAUAGAAGAGCAGGAGGAUGAGAUCAAUGAGCUACGCGUAAUGCUGAGCAGUAGUGGAGCCGAUGAGCUGAAGGCUUUGCAAACGGCUAAAGGAGCCUUAGAAGUGGAACUCCAACGGUUCAAGCAGAAACUGUCACUGGCUGAGGGAGAUGUGCAGCGCCUGAAGCAAUUAAAUGGCACUGGCAGCAAAGUUUCCGAUCUCGAACAAAAGCUGAAAAAGAGCGAGGAAGAGGCAAAGAAACUUGGCUCCAAGAUCAAGGAUAUGGAGGACAAAAUCAAGAAGCAAGACCAACAGCUUAAGCAAAGCGAAACGACCAAAUCAGCGUUGGAGACUCAAGGCAAACGCGAUAAAGAAAAAUACUCAGGGCUGGAAAAGGACUUGGAAAAGGAACGUAAGGAACGAGAGAAACUGGAGUCCAAAAUUACACAGCUAGACAGUGAACUAUCGAGUGCGAAAAAGUCGGCGGAUAAGACAAAAGCAACACUGGAAAAGGAGAUAAAGGAGCUUAAAACAAAAUCAAGCAAAUCCGAUAGCAAGCAGGUGCAGGAGCUAAAGAAACAAAUGGAAGACCUUCAGACAAGCCUCACAGACGAACAAAAGCGCUAUGAGGAUCUCAACACACACUGGGAGAAGCUGUCAGAAGAGACAAUAUUGAUGCGGGCUCAGUUGACGACAGAGAAGCAAAAUCUGCAGGCAGAACUCAAUGCCCAAAAACAGAAACUCAGCGAAAUGGAUACCAUACGCAUAGAGCGCACCGAUAUGGCGCGUAAACUGAGCGAAGCCCAGAAAAAGAUAUCGGAUCUGGAGGCAAAGACACUGAAGGGUGGCAAUAGCUCCGAAUAUGAGCGAACCGUGCUGAAGAACAAGCUGGCGGAAAAGGAGCAUGAGUAUGAACGUCUCCGACGAGAGAAUGAUAUGAACAUCGAUCUGGUGUUUCAACUACGCAAGGACAACGACGAUUUAAAUAGCAAGCUUACAGACUACGAGCGCAUAGAGCAGGCCCAGACCUCACUCAAUGGACACGGUGCGAGAAGAGAGGCGGAGAUAAAGGAGCUUAAAACACAAUUACAAAGCGCCGAACUGCAGCUGAAAUCGGAGGUGGCCUCGACGCGCCUUCGUUACGAGCAGCAGGUGAAAAAUCUCAGUGCCGAGUUGACAUCCAUGCAGCGUCAAUGUGAACGCUUCAAGAAGGACAGAGAUGCCUUUAAGCAAAUGCUCGAGGUGGCACAGAAGAAAAUAGGCGAUCUCAAGGCGAAUAAUACCGGUCGCCAGAGCCGUGGGUCUAUGCACAGUAGUGACGAUGAUGAUAAAAGUAAAAUUGCCUAUUUGGAGCAACAGAUUGGUCAUCUCGAGGAUCAGCUUGUGGAGGCCCGCUUGGAGUCCAGCAAAGUCAAAACAGAGCUUGUAUCUGAGCGCAGCGCCAACGAGAUCAAAAUAUCCGAAAUGCAGUCCAAAUUGAACGAGUUUGAGGAAGAACGCGUAAUUGGUUCGGGAAGUACAAAAUUGCCGGGCAUGAAAACUAAACUUGAGCUGUCCUGGCAAAAGGAGCGUGAGGACCAGCAGCGGCUGCUGCAAGAAACCUCGACACUAGCACGUGACCUGCGUCAGACCCUAUUUGAAGUCGAACGCGAGCGUGAUAAGGAACGUCUAGAGUCCAAGCGGAAGUUAGAUCAGACGAAGCGCGCAACGGAAGAGGAAAUGGAAGAGGGUCGCAAAAAGAUUGCGGAGCUGCAGUGCGAUCUGCUGGAGCUGCGCGAUGUCCACGCCAAGCUGCGUACCUCCAAUGAAAAGUUGAGACGUGAACGUGAACGUUACGAAAAGGAGCUGAUCAAGCGACGCAUGGAGCAGGACGGUGGGGAGCGCAAGGUGGGCGCCCUACUGCAGACCGUAGAUGAAUUGGUCAAGAUAGCACCGGAAUUAAAGAUGGUAAGCAGUGGGGCCGGUGGUGGCUCGCCACGAUCCGCGGGCUACAGCGAAAACACACUUCGUCCGGAGCAAACAAAUGUGCGCCGAAGUCGCAGUCCUUCACCCACCCUGACCAGCACUCAGAUCAGCAGCGUGCUAGCCCGUUUGGCUGAGGCCUCGGAAGAGUUGCGCAAAUUUCAGCGCCUAAAUGAGGACGAACAGGAGCGGAGUCGCAUUAGGCGAAGCAAUUUACGUCGCGCCGCCUCACAAGAAACUGAUCCGCAUGGCAGCACCAGCUCAGUGGCCAGUGCCGCCGGGUCGCAGCGCAAUGGCGGGCGACUAUCUAGGAACUCCUCCAAUAAUGGCAGUCUGAUUCGCAAGAGUCUAUCGCUGGAUCACUCCAUACAACGCGAACAAAACAUAUGGCGCCAGGACGAUGGCAGCGUAUCCUCUAUGCAAUCAAUUGACUCAGAGCUGGGUGGUCUGGUGCGAGAUUCGAGUCUAGAUUCACGUCUUGAUUCGCGCCUAUCUGGUGGCUCUACACAAAGUGACAUACCACGCGGUCCACGUAAGAAGAAGAAGGGUAUUAUGGGCAAGCUACGCAGCCUGACUAAAAGUUCACGCAAUUCCGAGAGUGAAAUUUCGAUUCAAGGAUCUGACUCUGACAUCAGUGUUGCUAGUGAUAUGAGGUCUAGCAAGAAGGAUUUGCGUGGUCGGCUAUCGGGCAUGUUCAAACGCUCCGGCUCUCACUCACGCGGCGAGAGCUCAGAGCGCGCCAGCUCGGAGCAAAGACCCGUAGCUGUCACAGUCGUUGGCCACCCGGAUGGUCCACAGCCGCGAGAGCCUCCGCCUGCCAAUGCGCUCACGCCUAAGCCCAUACGAUCGAUACCCAAACCACCCACAGGAACACCCACCACCCCAACAACAAGACGCCGCAUAGCCAAGCAGUAAAAUCAGCUCCUAAGUAUCAUCCCACAGUCUUAGUUACUCGUACAUUUAUAUAUUUAUAAAAUGAUCGUAUUAGUUAAACCACCCACUAGUUCAACACCCAUUCAUUUUCUUGCCUUUUUUAUAAGCCUAUUUCAUACUACAGGCAUCAUCCGACAUUGUUUGCUGCUCCACUUCCACUUCAUACGAACUUAUUUGGUUAAUACGUACAAGAGUUUAUUGGUUUUUUAAUUUGUUAUAAAAUAUAAAUACAACCUUUUUAAAAUCAAUCCCAAA